UCUCGGGUUAUUAAGAGGUCCACGGAGCUCAUGCACUCGCUACAUUACCACAGAAAUGUCACUCCUUAAUGUCAAAAAUAGUUGCCUGGUGAGAAGGGGUUGACUGACAAGUAGCUAAGGGCAGGCAGGUGCGACGGGCCUGUACAGAUGUAAAGGAGUGGUGAGUGUAGUAGCAGCAUAGCAUCAGUCAUGGAGCUUGCACCACAUGUACAAGAGAAGCUGCACACAGGGCACAAGCUCACUGCUGUAGUUGAAGCAGGACUCGUGCAAGAGUUCAUCAAGACAACUCGCGUCAUAGCGCUGAUCGAGGUCAUUGAGGAAGGGAAGCAAGGGGGUGAGCAGGCAUUGCUUAUCUUCCAAACUGCCCGUGUACCAGUUCACAGUGCAAUUGAUCUUAGCAUUGAACAGGUUCUUCCCAUUGACAGUAAUCUCAAGUGUGAACUUGGUACAGAUACAUCAAGUACAGAUGUUGAUACUGACGUCUUGGUGAAUAUCACAUCGGGUAAAGUUCGGCUACUUUUUGAAAUGCCAUUCAGCCAACGAACCAAUACAUUUGUCUCAGAAGUUUUAAGGGCUGCUGAGGUUAUUAGUAAGCGUCGUGGCCCCCCUCCUGAGUUUGCCUGGCUGCUACCAUAUCAACAGAGCUCAUCCAGCAACACAAGUAAUGCAAGAGAUUUGACAGAAUUGGGGCUGUCUGUGCCAGCCACCAGCUCAGACACCUUGGCUCCUGACACCAUCAGCUUGGGGGAUGUGGCUGUGGAUGUGGGCCACAUCCCCCCUUCCCCCUAUCUUGAUCCUGUGUUCAACAAUACUGACAGCAGUAGUUUGCACCAUGAUGGCGACAGAAGCCCGGACCUUGGGGUCAAUCGGCACAAUAUUGCCAAAGGAAUUUCUCCGACGCCUAUUGCUGCUCGGGAGAGUCAUAUUAGACAUCAAAUGGCACUGCGAGAGGACUCUUAUACAGACAUUCACAAUUUUACGGUUUUUGCCGGUACCUGGAAUGUGAACGGCCGCUCACCUACUGUCGGGCUGGCUGAGUGGCUGUCUAUGGAUGAAGACCCUCCAGAUGUGUAUGGUAUAGGCUUCCAAGAACUAGACCUUAACACUGAAACAUUCCUUUUCAAUAAUACUCCCAAAGAACAAGAAUGGCUGAAUGCAGUGCUGAAUGGCAUCCACCCCAAAGCUAAGUACCAGAAAGUGCGUCUGGUACGUCUUGUGGGUAUGAUGCUUAUUGUUCUGGUGCAAGAGAAGCACUUGGCUUACGUCCGCAAUGUUGCCAGUGACACUGUUGGUACGGGCAUCAUGAACAAAAUGGGAAACAAAGGGGCUGUGUCUGUGAGGCUAGAUUUACACAGCACCUCCAUUUGUUUUGUGAAUGCUCACUUGGCCGCUCACCAAGAGGAGUUGGAACGCAGAAACGAAGAUCACGACUGUAUAUUUCAGAGAACAUGCUUCAACCUGAACAUCAAUAGCCCUCCAAAAACUAUAAAAGACCACGAUCAUAUAUAUUUCAUUGGGGAUAUGAACUACCGGAUAAAUCCUUGUGACGUAAACAUCAGAGAGGUUGCUAAGAGUGGAGAGCUGAAGAUUCUCCUAGAACACGAACAGCUUACACAGCAACGAACCUUAAAACGAAUAUUUCACAACUUCAAAGAAGGGAAGAUUACUUUCAAACCUACAUUCAAAUACGAUGUUGACAGUGAUGAAUGGGAUUCAAGUGAAAAGGCAAGAUUACCUGCUUGGUGUGACCGAAUUCUGUGGCAUGGAGAAGGAAUUGCACAACUGGUGUACCGGUCACAUCCAGCCCUGAAAAUUAGCGACCAUAAACCCGUUAGUGCUGUUUUCCAGGCUGGGAUAAAGGUGAUUGACACACGGCGAUAUCGACGUAUCUACGAGGAAGUGAUGAAAAAGCUUGAUAAGCUCGAAAAUGAAUUCUUACCUCAAGUAACCAUUGACACCACAGAGAUUAUCUUAGAACCUGUGAAAUUUCUUCAGCCACAGACCAAAUACCUCACAAUUGCAAAUACUGGACAGGUACCUGUGCAGUUUGAGUUUAUUAAAAAGUUAAAUGAUACUAGUUUCUGCAAGUCAUGGCUUUCUAUUAGACCAUAUGUGAAUUUCAUCAUGCCAGGUGAUAAAUGUGACGUUGCUCUGGAAGUAUUGGUUGACAAGCGGACAGCAGCACAGCUGAACUCAGGAGCAGAUAAACUCUAUGAUAUUUUAGUGCUUCACUUGGAAGGUGGCAAAGAUCUCUUUAUUACUAUCACUGGUGACUAUGAGCGAAGUUGUUUUGGAUCCUCCAUCAAUGCACUAGUUCACAUGAAUAAGCCUUUCAAGGAAGUUCCUAUGGCUAAAUUAAUUGAUCUGGAAAGUAAGCAGCCUAAGGACCUAAGUGAGAUGCCGUAUGCUGUGCCCAAAGAAUUAUGGUAUUUGGUUGAUCAUCUCCACUCACACGCCCUACAAGUGGAGGGGCUCUUCACUUACCGUGGUCUCCUGAAGGAGAUUGUUGAAAUAAGGACUAGUUUGGAUGAAGGUGUCCCCAACGAUCUGCUACCAGGUAGUGUUCAUUCUGUAGCAGAGGCUCUGUUACUGUUCCUGGAGGCACUACCAGAACCUGUCAUCCCUUACAACCUUUAUCAAGCUGCAUUGGAUGCAACACCAAACUUUUCUUUGUGCAAAGAUAUUAUACUCAAGCUACCUGAUUAUCAUCGCAAUGUAUUCACCUACUUAAUGGCAUUCCUGAAAGAGCUUCUAAAUCAUUCGGAAGAUAACAAUCUUGAUGUCAAAACUCUUGCCUUAGUUUUUGGAAGUAUACUACUGAGAGAGCCGGUUAAUACGGCUUCCGACCGCCGAACAUCGCCUCAAGCAGUGGAGAGGAAGAAACAGACUUUUGUUCAUCAUUUUCUCAUGAAUGAUUAUGAAUAAUGAAAAUGGAUAUGUCAAUAAUUUUCACGGUUCAUUUUGGACAGUGUUGAAUAGUGCAAUAUGCACUUACAAUUGCUAAGUACAGUAUUAGUGUCCUGAGUUUUGUUAAAAUUCUAGUCUUUUAUGUGCAUUUUUGUUGGACUGUACAUUUUUGUACAUUUAAAUUAUGGGUUUCUUUAAUCUUUUAAUUAAUGUAAAACAUUGACUAUUAUCAUUUUCAUUAGUUGGAUUGUUUCCAAGGUGGCACAUCAAUAGUUGAUUGCUUAACUGAUGGAGGCAACUAUUGAUCUUUCUGCAAACAAAAGUGGAUGAGUAAUGUCUUGUCUCCUGCACCCAUAAAAUCCAGCCAUGGUAGGAGGAAACUACAUCCACUUAGAAAUUUCAUGGUAGCUGUGUGUGUGUGUGUGUGUUCCUUUACACACACACUCGUUUUACAUUGAUAUCUCAACUCGCUCAUCUUCCAGUCAUCCAUAAAUUCGCCCUUGUUAUUACAUCUUCAUUCAAAUGUAAAUUUCAUAACCUUCCAGGAUAGCUCUGCUUUAAUGUGUAUGAGUUAUCUGUCCCCUGUGAACAUUUUGGACAAAAAUCUUUGGGUACAGUACCAAUAAAUACCAAACUAUUCUCAAAUCUUCAGACUUUUCCAUGCUUAUGAAUUUCAUUACUCUCCUAAAAAUUAGCUUAGUUACGAUACAUUAAAUAAUACAUAUUUUAUCAUUUCAUCCGGGUUCACAAGUUUACUACAAUUAAAGCUUUUCAUAACAUACAUUCCUAAAAUUUACAUAUUUGAAAAUAGUUUCAUAAUCAUGAUCCUUUUAAUGCACGACAAAAAGAGUUGGGUUAAAAUCUUGCUGCAUUUGCACCUUUGCAACAUGGCUGCGUUAAAAUCUUGCUGCAUUUGCACCUUUGCAACAUGGCUGGGUUCAAAUCUUGCUGCAUUUGCACCUUUGCAACAUGGUUGGGUUCAAAUCUUGCUGCAUUUGCACCUUUGCAACAUGGUUGAGUUAAAUUCUACUUAAUUUCAAUGUUUGCAAUAUGGUUAUGGGGAGGUUUUUUUUAUCCUUUAGGGAUAGUGAAGGGAGGCCCUUCACUAUAUUUCAAAAUUACAGCUCAUAGAGUUAUGUAAAAUAUAUUAUAUGAUAUUUUCAGUGUUCAGUUUGGAUAUAAAAUAUAUUAAGUUUUUGUUGCAUUCAUUUAAUUUAUUUUAUGCUAGUUAAUUUAUUCCUGAUAAAGCCCAUUUGUAUUUUCUGUACUGUAUGUGCAAAGAAUUGUUUUAGAAGUAAAUGAAUAUAUAUUAUAUCAUGCAGUAAGACUUAUCAGAUAAUGUGCCUAUGUUGAUUUUUAAUAUAUUUGUUAAUGAAACCCUUUCAUCCACCUAACUCUUGGGAUACUUCAAAAUAUAUAUAUAGUGUAUUAGCAUUUUCUAUUUGUCCAUAAAUAACAUUUGAUUUGUAUGUUGUCUUGUUCAGUUUGUCUUGGUAGACAGUCCUAAACGACAUUGAAUUACGUAUACGGUUGUAAUUUAUUGCUGUACUGAGCUACCUUACUUCUUCAAGGUAAAUACUGGUGGAUUUGUUGUAAAGAAUGACGUUAAUGCAGAUGAUGAGUCACGAUAACGUGGCUAAAGAUUUGAUGACCAAACCACAUCUCGGAAGAUGGAGAGCGAAGAUGUUUCAGUCCAUCCUGGACCAUUGUCAAGACAAUUAUCACUCGACUUGAUAAUGGUCCAGGAUGGACCAAAAUGUCAUUAAUUCUUCAACUUCUGAGCUGUGGUUUGGUCAUCAAUGAAGUUUAUGCUAAGAAUUGUAAGAUUUGACGCAAAUAUAUAGUUUCUGUGGGGAGCCCUGUCGGCUCCCAGAAGCUAUUCGAACUGAUGUGUGCUAUAUUAGUUUGAGGGUCAUCAGUCACAGGAGUCCUUAUGCGUACCGGGGACCACGAGCCAGAACCUUAUGCCUACUGGGACCACGAGCCAGAACCUUAUGCCUACCAGAGACCAUGAGCCAGAACCUGGCUCUUUCUGAGAGGCGCUGGGAGCAAUGGCCUAUGAGCACUUUACAUUUAAAUUGUCAGAAUUGCCAUAAACCGGGGAAGGACGCAGUAAGGCAGAUGAAUCAAAACAGACCACUGUCUGGUUAACCUAUGCAAUCUACAUCCAAAAGGAUCAAAAUAACUCCCCUAGAAAGAAACCCAACAAGCAAAUAGAGUGCUAUUUGCACUUCAUUCAAAUAGCACUCUCUUUCGUUAGCACUCACCGAAGCUGGCAGCCCACCAUCCCAGUUCUUGAACUGACGUGCUGAUGGUCAGAUCAGUCACCACUGGCCUCAAGUUCCUGUUAUGGAUUUUUGCCCCUGUGUGGUAGUUCCAGCUGUGUGUGUGUGGUGUGGGGAGGUCAGGUGUCUCAAGAGUACAGGAGCAGAAUGUGUCUAGGGAGAUCUUCUCUAGGUGCUUCGUAAGUACUUCUAUUGCGUGUCAGGGUUAUCUUGAGAUGAUUUCGGGGCUUUAAUGUCCCCGCAGCCCGGUCUUCGGCCAGGCCUCCACCCCCAGGAAGCAGCCCAUGACAGCUGACUAACUCCCAGGUACCUAUUUAC